UUUUAUUAUUAUUAUUUAUGACGUCAUAUGGCUUUCUGGUCCGAUUUCCGUCCUUUUACUUGAUUGAAAAAUCAAAAUCUUCCUUGUCAAAAUGAAUGCUUUGUAUAUGGUGGUAUUGUGUCUGAUCCAGUCAGCAGUGCUGACCGGCUGUUGCUCUGUGAGGAAGAUUAACCUGACUGUAGAUAAUGCCUCUAUUCUGUGUACAACCGAUCGGUCUUGUGUUGCUGAGUGCUACCGUGGUUUCAUUUUUUCAAGUGGUAAAACAAAACAAUCUUACAGUUGUCUGAAUGGAGUAUGGUCACCUGUGUUAUCGACAUGCAAGCGUAUACCUGCAAUUUAUGUCACGUAUUCAGUAAUAUGGAAAAUAAACAACGUCGUUCCAUCAAACUGCUCCAAUGUAUCGAAACGACUCUUGUCUACAGCUGAAAUGCUUGAAGAGAGGUUAUCCUCUGUAUGUAGCCAAUUGACAAUCAACUCGACAGUAAACUUCACGUAUUCUAUGAAUGGUUCUCUGGUGAAUGGACAGCUAAUAGCUGAGUAUAGCAAUUUUACAAGCAUGUUUCUUUUUGAGACAUGCAUUUCUUUUGUAAUCAAUUCAGUUCCAGUGAAAGAAAUGCUACGUGAUAUGUUCAAAAAUAUAUCGUGCAAUGAUAUAAGCUUAAAUUACGAAGUUAAAAAUCCACUUUCUGUCGAUAAAAGGGAUGAAUAUUGCAAUAAUGGCACCCAAGUCCACUUUGUGAGAGCGGUUUACAAUGGAAACAUUUAUAAUAAGUCUUAUUGCGAUUUUGCGGUGACAGAAACGACCACGCCAAUGACAUCACCUAAUAUAUCAUCAAAAACAAUUGGUAAAAAAACUACCCUCACUGAAACUGAUUUAGGAGUACCUGAUACUGAUGGUCUUUAUACGUAUGAAACAAAUACACAUGAUAUGAACUUAUCAAAUAAUGGCUUAAAUAAGGAAUCAAGUAGGGAUCAAGUGCAUUGA